AUGCCCAAGGCGGCACGUUCCAACUCGUCCGCCGCCGCCGCACGGCAGGACCGGCGCCACAACCCCCUCAGCGAGGAAUAUUCCCCCACAGCAGCGCUCAAGCAAAAAGCGGGCAAGAAGCGGAAAUCCAUCUCCGGCGAGGACGAAAAGAACCAGGAAGGCUACGUCGGCAGCAAAGCGACACGGAGGAUUCUAGAUCUGGGGCAAGACCUCGCGGCCGAGGACGCGGCCGAGAGACAAUCACACGAGCCGGCCGCGAAGGGGACAUCGGCGUUCUCAUUCGAAAGUCGCUUCCCCGAACAUGACCCGCUAGGGCUGGGAGACGAAGAGGACGGCGGGGCGGAACUGGGCGAGUACGACGACGGCGACGAGGCGUGGGGAUCGGAGGAGGAGGAGACGGAGGAGAUCGAGGUGGACCCGAACGAUUUGGAAAUGUUCUCGCGCUUCAACCCCUCCUUCGACCCCGCGACGCUCCUCGAGCCCCACAAGGACGACGACGACGACCCGCAUAACAGGAAACAACACAACAGCGAAGGACAAGAGGGCGCGGGCACGAGUCUAGCAGAUUUGAUUCUCGAGAAGAUCGCCGCGCACGAGGAACAGCAGCGAUCCGGCGGCGGUGGUGGCGGGGGAGAGAUCCCCAUACACGUCCAGGGCGGAGGCGCCCCCGAGGACGCCGUCGAGCUCCCCGCCAAAGUCGUGGAAGUCUACUCCCAAGUCGGCCUGCUCCUCUCGCGCUACAAAUCCGGGCGUCUGCCCAAACCGUUCAAGAUCCUGCCGACGCUGCCGCAGUGGGACAUCCUCGUGUCCAUCACGCGGCCGGACAGCUGGACGCCGAACGCGACCUACGAGGCGACCAAGAUCUUCACGUCGUCGCGGCCGGCCGUGGCCCAGGCCUUCUGCACCGACGUGCUGCUGCCCGUCGUGCGCGAGGACAUCCGCGAGUCCAAGAAGCUCAACAUCCACCUCUACAAGGCGCUCAAGAAGGCGCUCUACAAGCCCGCGGGCUUCUUCCGCGGCUUCCUCUUCCCGCUGGCGGGCUCGGGCACGUGCACGCUGCGGGAGGCGACGAUCAUCGCGUCGGUGCUGGCGCGCGUCUCCAUCCCCGUGCUGCACUCGGCCACGGCGCUGUACCGCCUCUGCGAGAUCGGCGCCGACCAGAUGAUGACGGACGUCGAGAGCGCCGGCGCCUGCAACAUCUUCAUCCGCACGCUGCUGGAGAAGAAGUACGCGCUGCCCUACCGCGUCGUGGACGCGCUGGUCUUCCACUUCCUGCGCUUCCGCGCCAUGCAGCAGCAGCUGGACGACGCCGCCGGGGGCCGGGACGACGUGAGCAUGGCCGGCGGCGUCGGGAGCGCGGGGCGCAACGGCGCGCUGAACCAGAAGCUGCCCGUCCUGUGGCACCAGUCGCUCCUGGCCUUCGCCCAGAGGUACAAGAACGAGAUCACGGAGGACCAGCGCGAGGCCCUGUUGGACCUCCUCCUGAUCCGCGGGCACCGGCAGAUCGGACCGGAGGUGAGGAGGGAGCUGCUGGAGGGCCGGGGGAGGGGCGUCGUGGCGGAGCAGGACACGGGCGACGGCGGUGAUGAUACCAUG